AUGAGUGAAAUAGUCUUUCCGUCUUCCUUUAGUGAGAAGGCAACAGAUGAUUGUCCUGGAAACAUCCAAGUACUUUACCACAUUGAGGAGGUCCUGAAGCCUAUUGACUCCUCUAAGAUGUUGCCCCAGAACUGGAGUGACAUUGCCAACAAAAUCCUGACAGAGGAUAGAACUCAUAAGUAUGAUGGGUUUAUCAUCCUACAUGGAACAGACACAAUGGCCUACACCUCUUCAGCCCUGUCUUUCCUUCUGCAUGGAAAAAUUAGGAAACCGGUUGUACUGACAGGAGCACAGAGGACACUCUUUGAGCCACGCAGCGAUGCAGUGGACAACAUGCUGGGAUCUCUGCUCAUUGCUGGCUGCUAUGCACCGCUCCAACAGGUAUCUCUGUUUUUUGACAACAAAUUAUUCCAAGGAAACAGAGUGACAAAAUUUGACAGCAAUUCAUUUGAAGCAUUCACCAGCCCAAAAUUCAAACCCCUGGUUGAAAUGGGAGUUGAUAUUACAGCCAAGGAAAGAGGAGUGCUGUUCCUCAACUGCUGCCAGGUUUUCAAAGGGGUGGUGGAGGCUAUCUACAACGUGUCAUCGGUAUGA